AUGCUACUUCCUGCCUUCCUUCCCUUCCUUCUUGCUAUGCUUGCUACGCUUGCUUCGGCGAGCCGCAUCAGCACGGUGCAGUUUGAGAACGAGACCUUAGCAGGCUAUGGCAAGCCAUGCGAUUGCUACGACAAGAUUGGUGACCAGUGGAAAGAGAACAAGUGCUGUGGCACGGGUUUGAUUUGCAGCCCCACGAGCAAGACCUGCAAAGUGGCCAUUGGAACUCCCUGCGAAAGGACCAAUGGACGAUCCGUCUGUGCUGGAAUGGGCACUUAUGGACGUGAGACCCACUGCAGCUCCAAACAACGCGACCGAAAUAAGCUCACAGAUCCUGACAUGGAUGAAGGAUACUUGAAUGGGCAAACAUUCUGUUGCAUCAAAGCCCGAUCCAUCUUUCAAAGCCAAAAGUACUCCACAGACCGCGCGCCGUUGCAUCACGGCAACCGUGAUUGUGGAGGCUACGGGGAAUGCUGCGGUGGCCACGCCGUGGUGGAUGGCGACAACUCAUACGGUGGAGCCUAUUGCCGAUGCGACUGA